GUUCUGCACAGGAUAUGAACUCCAUGUUAUGAUUAUGCACACCUUGCUGACAGAUGGAUUGGGCAUCAAGGUACCACAACAACUUUAGGUGGCUCCCCUGAAUUAUUAAGUAAAAAAACAUAAACCAGGAACCAGAGACCUCAGGCCUCAGAUCAAUCGUAAACUUCUAGAAAGGGCAAUGGCUGUGGCCCUAGGUUGUGCCAUCCAGGCCUCCUUGAAUCAGGGCUCUGUGCUGCAAGAGUAUGACACAGACUGUGAAGUGUUCCGCCAACGUUUCAGGCAGUUCCAGUACACAGAAGCAGCUGGACCUCAUGAAGCUUUCAACAAACUCUGGGAGCUUUGCUGUCAAUGGCUGAAGCCAAAGAUGCGUUCUAAGGAACAAAUCCUGGAGCUGCUAGUGUUGGAGCAAUUCCUAACUAUUCUGCCCACGGAGAUAGAGACCUGGGUGAGGGAACACUGCCCAGAAAACAGAGAAAGAGUCGUGUCCCUGAUAGAAGAUUUACAGAGAGAACUUGAGAUACCAGAGCAGCAGGUCAACAUGCAUGACAUGCUUUUGGAAGAAUUGGCACCGGUGGGGACAGUACCCAUGCCACCAAAUAUGCACCUGGAGUCACCUGCACUCCAGGUAAUGGGAACUGUCCAGGACCCCCCGGUAGCAGAGGCCUGGAUCCCACAGCCAGGGCCACAGGAGAUGGACUAUGGUGCUGCUGGUCAAUGCCAGCCCUUUCUGGAUCCUGGAUAUCCAUUACCAAAGCUUGAUGUGAACUUCCCAUUGGAUCAUAGGGAAGAGCCAUGGGUGAAGGAAUUACAGGAUUCCAAAGAAAUGAAACAAUUACUUGAUUCCAAAAUAGGGUUUGAGCUCGGCAUUGAAAAUGAACAAGAUGCUUCAAAACAGAAAAAACUUGAAAAUAUGUAUCCAUUUAUUGUAACUUUAGAGGGCAAUGCUCUUCAGGGUCCUAUUUUGCAAAAGGACUAUGUCCAGUUAGAUAACCAAUGGGAACCACCUCCAGAGGAUUUACAGACAGAUUUAGAAAAACUUGUAGAUCCUCCAAACCCUACUCUAGGAGAGACACCUGAGACCUCCAGUUUGGAAGAACCUCUCAACCCUAAGCCUCAAAAGAAAAAGAAUCCAGGGGAGAAACCCCAUCGGUGUCCUCAGUGUGGAAAAUGUUUUGCUCGGAAAUCACAACUCACUGGGCACCAGAGAAUUCAUUCUGGAGAGGAGCCUCACAAAUGCCCUGAAUGUGGAAAACGGUUCCUUCGUAGCUCAGACCUUUAUAGACACCAACGACUUCAUACAGGAGAGAGACCCUAUGAAUGUACUGUAUGUAAAAAGCGAUUCACUCGGCGGUCACACCUUAUUGGGCACCAGAGAACCCAUUCUGAAGAAGAAACAUACAAAUGCCUGGAGUGUGGGAAAAGUUUUUGUCAUGGAUCGAGUCUUAAAAGACAUCUGAAAACUCAUACAGGUGAAAAACCUCAUAGAUGUCAUAAUUGUGGGAAAAGUUUUAGCCGGCUGACAGCACUUACUUUGCACCAGAGAACACAUACUGAAGAGAGACCUUUUAAAUGUAAUUACUGUGGGAAAAGCUUUAGACAGAGACCAAGCCUUGUUAUUCAUUUAAGAAUCCAUACAGGGGAAAAGCCAUAUAAGUGUAGUCAUUGUUCAAAAAGCUUCAGACAGAGGGCAGGCCUAAUUAUGCACCAAGUGACCCACUUUAGAGGACUUCUUUGAGAAUUGUUAAGGGAAGAAGUAGGUCCUACAAAAAUUAACACUAACCCAAAAAAUUGUAGCCUAUAGUAGCUUGUCUUGGAAGAACCGUAUAAGAACACUUUCUUAGGGGGUAUUUUUCAAAACCUGUCUUCCAAGGUAUAUGACUUCUAGAGUAUCUACCUAUUCUUGCAACAUUCCUACAUUUGAUUUAUCCUGUGUAUGCAACUUCUUUUUUAUUGCAAUGGCAAGUUUUGUGUUGUAAAGCAACCAUAUGAUACAUAUAAACACAAAGCAUGUAAAUGAUGACG